AUGGCCGCCGGCAUCUACAUCAGACAGAAUGGAACGCACGCAUCCUUUCUCCCUUCUUGCAAGUCACUGACGCAGGACCCAGGAGUCGGCGAGGUUGUUGCUGUUGGAGCUGGCGUCACAUCACCCGCAAUCGGCAGUAGAGUAGGCAUCAAGUACGCCGCCGAUGCGUGCCUAAACUGCGAAAUCGUCCCGCCAGACCGUUGUCUCCAGGGCGGCGAGUCAUCAUGCGCCGAGGUCAAGCUGUCGGGUUACUUCACGCCCGGCACCUUUCAGCAGUACUGCCUCUCGACGGCGCGGUAUGUCACGCCGGUCCCGGACUCCCUGGACUCGGCGCAGGCGGCGCCCCUGAUGUGCGGCGGCCUCACCGUCUACACCGCCCUCAAGCGCGCGGAAGCCCGCCACGGCGACUGGGUCGUGGUCGCCGGCGCCGGAGGGGGUCUCGGCCAUCUGGCGAUCCAGUACGCGCGCACGCUCGGCUGUCGCGUGCUGGCCAUGGACCUCGGCGCGAAGGAGAAGUUCUGCCGGGACCUCGGCGCCGACGAGUUUGUGGACUUCACGACGUAUCCCACCGAGGGCGGCCUCUCGGCAGCGGUCAAGGACAUCACCGGCGGCGGCGCCCGCAUCGUGCUCAUGUGCUCGUCCAACAAGAAGGCCUACGUGCAGGCCCCGACGUGGCUGGGGUUCCGGGGCAAGCUGGCCUGUCUCGGCGUGCCCGAGUGCAGCAGCGUCUUCAUUGCAGACGUCGACCCCCUGCUUGUGGACGAGCUCACCAUCUUUGGCGUGAAGACCGGCAACCGACUCGAAGCCAAGGAGUGCUUGGAGAUCGCAGCGAGGGGCAGUGUAAAGACUCACUUCCAACUUCGGCGAAUGAGAAGUCUGACAAAGAUAUUCACAGAAAUGGAAUCCGGGGCAAUUCAGGGACGAGUGGUCAUAGAUCUGAAGUAG